UUGAGGGGACUUUCUGCGACCGGAUGUUGAACACAAUGGUUCUUUUUACACUGUUCUACUUAUAUGUUGGAAGUAAGACAGAAGGUGUGUAUGCCAGCACAGUACAUCUGUCACCUACAAUUGUGAAUAUGGUGGAGAAUACUAGUGUUACACUUACAUGUUCGAAGACGACUGGACAACUUUUGGAGUCCCGGUGGACAAACUCACAGAUUUCAGACCAAGAUGCAAACUUAUAUUAUAUUAAUGGCCAGUGCGUGACUACAAGGUUUUUGCAAAACAACGAUUUAUUUGAUGGUGUUUGCAAUAGAAAUGGGACCUUUUCCGUCAUUCUAAACAGAAUCGACAGAUUACAACACGGAGCUGUGUGGCAAUGUCGAGAAAGCCUAGUAUCUUCUAGUAACAAAGUUACCAUUAAUGUUGAAGUUCCUCUUACAAAUGUGGACAUCUAUCUACCAAAGAACAUUUAUUUGAAUGAAAAUCACCAAUACAUAAUCAAAUGCAAUACGUCAAGCUGUCGGCCACAGCCAACGAUCGCUUGGUAUCUUCAAAAUCCUAAGACUCACAUUAAAUACAACUUAACAGAGAACUCGACGCAAUCCAUUACAGAAAAGAAGGAUGGACUCAUCGCUGCAGAAAGUUUACUGCGUUUAGUUCCAAACAGAACUGUCAAUGACUGGAUGCUAUAUUGUGAAGCGUGGACUGACAACACUAAUUCUGCACUUGCAAGCAAGCAAAUAGCACUAAACGUAUCUUAUCCUCCAGACAGCGGCCCAGUAAUAGAUGGCUUUGAAAGCAGUAAAACAUAUCGAUUUAUUGAACGGGAUCAGGCCGAAUUCUCUUGUUCUGUUACUGGAGGUAAUCCAUUGGCAACUCUGAGCUGGAACUGUUUCAACAUUAUUUUAACAUCCAUGACGAUUGUCAACAAAACUGUUGUAAGCAAUGUUACUUGGAAAGCGGUGCGCCAUCAAAACGUCUGCUCGUGCGAGUCACACCAUACAUUCAAUGCUAAACAAGCUACAAAUGUCACCCUUGAUGUUCUAUGUAAGUAAAUUUUAA